UGUCACAAGUCAUAUGAAAUUUCUUGGUGAGUUGAAAAAUGUAUAUGGUAGAGAGCAGGGGAGGUGCCAUAGUAUGCAUGCUGGUUUCCUUGUUCUUCUUAGGGACAUGGCCAGCUGUGAUGACUUUAUUGGAAAGGAGAGGUCGUCUUCCUCAGCACACCUAUCUUGACUACACCAUCACUAAUCUCUUGGCGGCUGUUAUCAUUGCUUUCACCUUUGGUCAAAUAGGCACUGAUCAUCCUAACUUCUUGUCUCAACUUUCUCAGGAUAACUUGCCUUCUGUUCUAUUUGCCAUGGCUGGUGGGGUUGUCCUUAGCAUUGGAAAUUUAUCCACUCAAUAUGCUUGGGCCUUUGUUGGUUUAUCAGUUGUUGAAGUUAUCACAUCAAGUAUAACUGUUGUUAUAGGCACAACAUUGAAUUAUUUUUUGGAUGACAAAAUCAAUAAAGCUGAGAUUCUUUUUCCAGGAGUUGGUUGCUUUUUAGUUGCAGUUUGUUUAGGCUCUGCUGUUCAUUCAUCUAAUACUGCUGAUAAUCAGGCUAAGCUUUCAAGUCAUCAUAAAGAUGUAGUUCAGGGGACUAAUUUAUCUACUUUGAAUGAAGAGAGUAAAGAUGAUUCAAAGGAUCUAGAGAAUGGAACUGCAAACAAAGCCAAAGCAGGAACUGCAGUAUUUCUUAUAGAACUUGAGAAAAAAAGAUCCAUUAAGGUAUUUGGAAAGAGCACUUUCAUUGGGUUGGCUAUAACUUUCUUUGCAGGAGUUUGCUUCUCUUUAUUCUCACCAGCAUUCAAUUUGGCAACCAAUGACCAAUGGCACACUUUAAAGAAAGGGGUUCCUCAUUUGAGUGUUUACACUGCCUUCUUUUAUUUCUCAGUUUCUUGUUUCGUUGUUGCCAUCAUUCUAAACAUCACCUUCCUUUACCACCCUGUCUUGAACUUGCCUAAGUCGUCAUUGAAAGCUUAUUUGGGAGAUUGGAAUGGUAGAGGCUGGGCAUUGUUGGCUGGUCUGCUUUGUGGAUUUGGGAAUGGCCUUCAAUUUAUGGGAGGUCAAGCUGCAGGAUAUGCAGCAGCAGAUGCUGUUCAAGCACUUCCACUUGUGAGCACUUUCUGGGGCGUUAUUUUGUUUGGUGAGUAUAGAAAAUCAUCAAGGAGAACAUAUACAUUGCUUGGGAGCAUGUUGCUUAUGUUCAUUGCAGCGGUUGCCGUGCUCAUGGCAUCGUCUGGGCACCGAAAAUGAUCAUGCAACUUAAAGGAAACUAUUCAUUCAACUUUGAAAGGUGUUGAAACAAACUAUUUGAAGUGUAAACCAAGUAAAAACUUACUGGUCGUUUUAAUAUUUUGCGGUUCAAAUAUUGAUUCAAGGUUUAUAUAGGAGGAUUUGGAUAUACAGCUUAGCCAAGUAUUUUCUAGUUUCAUCCAUUUUUCCACAUUCUUAUUUGGUGACUUUUUACAUGGACCGCUAUUAAACCUGUCCAUUUUAUUAGUGAUAUGUCACAUUAUUUUCAACCUUUCAUACAUGGGGACUAGAGAUCAAAACCAGCACCUCUCUCUAAAUGCUUGGACUCGUAUACUUUUCUUUCAUGGUAACAAAAAUGAAAGAACUGUCUGGAAAUUUUACCCAUUUUCAAA